AUGAAGAGUCGCACUGAAAAAUAUCGAAUCAAUUAUAGAGGAGAAAGUAAGGAAAGAGCCGAUGAGCCCCCUUUACUUGUUUCUGACUCUGACCGGCCUCAUUUAGUAUGGUCAAACUUCAUCAAACAACAGCACUACCACCUACAACGCGCGUUUUUCUCUUCUCGUGAGUGUCAUUCCCAAUCCGAUACUUCAGAGUGUUUGCGCGACAAAGGUGAGGCUCCCGAGUCCGAUGGUCAAACCUGUCAAGAUGAUCUGAAGUGCUGGCAGCGCCUUAUAAACUCCGACGACGAGGCAAAAAGGCUGAAGGACUACGCGCGGGCCAUGCAUGAUCUCGCGACUAAGUACUGGGAGGCUCCUUUGGCGACCUUCAUAAAUUCGGGUCAAUCCAGAAACGGGGAAAGGAACGAUCAGGGGUCUCGCCUUUCUACCUCUACCACGAGCAGUACCCCGUUUCCAACAGCGGCGGUGGCAGGAUCGACGGAUGCGAUUUCUAUCCGGAAGCGCUCACGCGAUUUCGUCAGGGCCUCCAUUAAAUCCGUAGAUCAAGAGGAAGGGGCCAUUCUCCAGCGCCGUUAUGAUGACCGGAUCCAAUCUUCGCUGGAGUGUGUGGCGGCUUUCUAUCUCGGACGGCCCUCCAUCCUGGCGAAAGGUGGAGCCUCUGAGUGCCUUUUCUACGACCUGCCUUUGGUCUUUUUGCGGGCACUCAAGCCCUGGCGACGGGAGUUCUUCCGCUCAAACGCGCGAACGGCCACAAGGGCCGAAAUCGAGGAUCGCAUCCUGGAUUUGUCCAACAGUGCUGAACAGACAGGGGGGGCUGUUACAUCUCAAACAGCCUGGGGCCAAGCCAUGCGGUACGUCCGUGUCAUCCAACAGAUUCGCCAGGCCGCAGUUACAAGGGCCAAAAUCGAGGGUCCCGUCCUGGACCUUUCCCAGAGGGACGACCAAACAGAGGGGGCUGUUACAUCGCACAUGGCCUGCGGCCAAGCCACGCGGCACGUCUGUGACACCCAAUCUGUUUGUCACGCCAUAGCUUCGGGGUGGUCGACCUCCGAGGCCGGCGAUGUCGUCCUUCCCGUCCCCGCCCUCCACGCGAUCGAUGUGGGGGGCUGCUAUGGCCCGUUUUUCGCGAAAUCCAUCCCGCACGACGUCCUGCGCGCUGUCCCCCUCCACGUUGUGGGGUUGGAUCUCUGUCCGUACGCCCCGUUAGGGCCGCGGAAUCCUCCUUUGGAGAGCUGCGCGUCGCUUUCCGGAAGUGUCUGGAAGGGCGAUUGGCUAAGUUUGGAUUUUUUUAAGAUUUCCCCUCCCAGGCCCGCGAAUCAUCCCUUUGAUGAAGGAUGCCCGGCGGCCUAUUUGCGAUUUCGUCCGGCGGCCCCGCAAGGGUCGGAGGGGGAAAUGGUGGAGCUCAGGGCCGUCGCCCUUGAGUUGUUUGAUGUGGUAUUUUUUUGUCUCUUAUUGUCUUACUUGCCCUCGGCCCGGCUUCGCUAUCGUGCCUGCGUGAACGCUUAUUUGAGUCUUAAAGAGGGCGGUUUACUGGUUAUCGUCAGCACACGAACCCAAGGUUCUCGGCGCCGGAAAUGGGUUGAGGAGUGGGUUGAGGCAAUCUCCUCUAUCGGGUUUUCCCGCGUUCAUCAAGCAAUUCGGGAAAAGAUCGUGGUACUAUGUUUUUCGAAGCAAAGUCAUCCGGAGAUACGGAAAAGGCUCAAUAAUCUAAAUCAUUUUGAGCAGGACACUGAGGUGUCUGAGGAGGUGGAUGCUCUUUUGGAGCAGCUUAAUGGUUCCCCGUUUGCCUCGUAUGGGCUUCAUGUUAUGGCAGAUGAGGGUAUCUAG